ACGACGUGGGUACAUUUCCCCCCCCCCUCCCCUGGGACGGUCUGCAUGCAGCUUUUGCCUUGACAGUACACUGCAUGUGUGGUAAAAUAUGGCCAACAAACCCAAGACACGCAGCCAAUUGUUUAAGAAGCUAACGUGCAAAUCAAGGAAGAGGACUGAAGUGAACAUUGGAUCAGCAUUUAAAAGGUGGCGUUCACUAAAAGCAGAACAUGGAUUGAAAACUGAUGCAGAAGUGGCCGUGAUCCUGCUGGAUGUAAUGAAGAGGUUGCCUUCAGGGCCACCUUCCUCUGGAGCCAGUGAUAAAAAGAUGAAAUUCUCCCAAUCUGAAGUGCAGACACUGAUUGAGCAGGAGGUAUACGCUGCAGUGAAACAGAAUGAAACCAAGCUGCAGCAUUUAAUAGAACCUCUUCAACAGCUGGAUCGUGCAGUCGACUAUGAAAGCGCCAUCCAAAAACUAGAGGCUCGGAUUAACACGGUAACCAAGAAAGCAGAAGCAGCUAUUGCCUACAUGGCAAAGACAGAGCAAAUGAGCCCCAUGCCAUCUCUUUUUAAUGCCAAGAUCAUCAGUGCAGACUCUGAGGAUGAAACCAUGGAAACCACGUCAAAGAUUGACAAAAAGAGCGUGGGCAACAGCAGUGAGCUCUUUAAAAUUAUGGAAACCACAAGAAAGGCACUAAAGGUGAUGCAUGCAGAUAAUGAAGCUUUGAAGGCUGCCAUAGCAGAUUUCAGUGAGGAAGAGCAGCCUCCGGUUCUUACUCCCUAUGGCUCUAAUGAGUAUAAGCAACUUUCCAGGCUCAUAAAGCAAGAACCAGAAGAUGAGCACAUGAAUAAAAAGCCAGAAGAUAUUAAGCAGGAGAAAAAGAGCAGUGGUGAGAACCAAAGGCAUGGAGGAUAAAAGAAGAAUGUUUCUCUCCUCCUGGCAGUAGUAACUGCUUAAUCACCAGACUCUGAGCAGGACCGGUCCUUGUAUCCUCCUCUUCCCCCCACCCCCUUCCCCUCCAUCCUGAGCAUGGACGCUGCGUUAUACAACAUCCCCCAGAGACUAGUAGUACGUGUGGCUCUCAUCAGGCACCCCCCCAGCCUCUCUGUGCUGUGGAAUGUGGAGGAGGAAGACCCCUCUGCGCCGCCCAUGGACAGUUAUAGCGUCUUCAUGACUAUGGAGAAGGUUAAGGGUAGCAACAUCUUCCCAAAUUGGCGGGCGGCUGGUGAGGUGAAGGCUAUCCCUCUGCCCACGUGUGUGUUGAUCACCAAGUACAAGCCCGGGCACAAGAUGUGUGUCGCUGUAGUGGGCAAAGACAAGUUCGGCCGGUACGGACCUUACAGUAAAGUUAUAACUGCAAUCGUACCUGAUAAAUUGGGAGAAGGAUAUGGAGUCAAGUUAGAGACAGCCAAAGCUGUGUUAGGAAGAUAGGGAUUUUUUUAAUUUAAUUUUUUUAAUGGCAGUAUUACAAAGUUAGAAACCAGAAGUAGAAUACUUCUGUCCUCUAGUAAGUGUUCCAGUACCAACGGAAGCAGUGUAAUGGACCAUGUUUAAAGAACUUCUUUCUCUGCCAUAAAUAAACAUGCAUUGUCCUUUCACUUUGAAGAAAUUGGGAGAAACACAAACAUUUAGUAAUGUGAAUUUAAAUACAGUUUUAAUGAGCGUAUAAAGUUGACAAUGUUUAAAUGUAUUCUCAAUUUUUUUUCAUUUAAAAAGUAAAAGUCUCACACUUUGGAUGUGUUUAAAGUUUCUUGCCUAUCUCAGUUUAAAAUAAUUAAUUGAAUACUUUGGAUUAUUUGACUGCUGGUCAGACUAAAAGCCAUGUCCACCACUACUGUAUAAGCUGUCACUGAAUGCUAAUGAUUUUACUCUAAAUGUCAUUUGAAGGGAAUUUUAGAUUAAAUUUUAGUGGCAAUAACUGUCAUAGUAAUAAAUAUGGCGAUGCCACUGUUUAUACCAUAAUUCUGUAUAUUGAUUGUAAAUGUGAAGCUUAUUUUUCUGCUGAAAUCUGAUACUGUUUAGAUGCAACCAUUGAACCGAUGAUUUGUGACCCUAAA